AUGGCUAUGAAACGCAUCGCUGGAAUCAUUGCGCUUGCGGAUGCAAACCCUUCCCUUAGGCGGACCAACAAGUACGACGAAGAGAUGGAGUACUGGGUCGACACCAGGACCCAUGGAACCAGGGGCACCAAUGAAGUUGAGGGCGUUCGGGACUCUACAUCUGCAAAGGGCAAGGUUGACAGCCUAGCGGACUCCAGCAAGCCUGAAGACUUGGACAAGGGCUGGAAUCAUGAGGAACAAGCACCAGGUGUUGUGAAGGACAGCCUUCAACGACAUAUGAACGAGGCCGUCACUUCGAGGGAUAAGCUGAACAAGUUCAUGGAGCGCUUGGAUGUUGCUGAUGCAUCGGUCUCUGCCUCUGCGAAGCAUGUGGCCACCGUUGCCAAGGCCUUUGCGACCGAGGCCAAUCCGUGCUUGGCUGAUAUGGCUAAAGCACCCUUGAAUGAUGCUGAGAAAACAUUGCAAAUUAUGCUUCGAAAGUGGGACCUUACUCUGAAUGUCCCGUGGACAUAUAUUGACCUGUGUGACACGUGCUCUGUGCCGAUGCUCCGACCAACGGAUUAUCUUGCUACUUUGGUGGAGAAGGGCUACCUGCACAAACUGCUAGGCUCCUCGCGACUUCGAGAAUUCUGGACUAACUACAAAAAGGAGGAGCCGAAUCAUGAAUUGUUCGAGCACGACUUCGUGGACUAUGACAACUUGGUCCCUCUUUAUAUCCAUGGAGACGGUGGGAGGACCUAUCGUCGUGACGAGUUGAUGGUGAUUGCUUUUCAGCCCAUUUUGGGCCUGGGGACCCGUCUAUCCCAUCCACAGAAGUUGACAACUGCGAAACUUGGAGUAAAUCUGAAGGGGCACUCCUUUACAACGAGGUUCUUGGUUGGGGUCAUGCCGAAAAGCGUAUAUAAAGACAAUCCUGAAAGAUUCGACAACUUCCUCACAGCGACAAUGAAGGACUUCGAGCAACUUUAUUUUCGAGGCAUGGAUAUUGGAAACGGUCGUGUGCUGCGCUUUAUCCCUUUGGGGCUCAAAGGGGACCUCCCCUUCUUAUCGAAGAGUGGUCACCUGACCCGCACCUUCCUACACAUUCGCAAGGGGCCUGAGGGCCCCAAGUCGAAACCACUCAAGGGCUGCUGUUGGCUUUGUCUUGCUGGUUCUGCACAGUUUGACUUUGAGAAUUUGGGCUACAAUCCGGAAUGGCUUUCAACAACUGGCCCAAAGAAUCCGCCGCCAUGGGAUGCUGUACCGGCUUUCUUUGACCAUGUGCCACAUGUGGUGCAGGACAAGGCAUCCUUUUUUACGUUGGACUUGCUUCACAUAUACCAUCUUGGUGUGGGCCGCGAUUUUGGGGGGAGCGCCCUUGUUGUGGCCCUUGGUGUGUAUGGCCGUGGGUCCGUCCCGGAGGCGCUCGAGGACUUGAAUGCUGACCUGCGAUGUUUCUUGAAGUCCAGUGGAAAGUCUGUCCACUUCCGCUCUCUGACGCGGGACCUUCUCGGUUUCCCAUCAGAAGGCGCAUUUCCUUGUGGACAUUGGAGCAAAGCGAGUGAUACACCGAUCUUGAUCGACUUCGCUGCCUGGGUCCUGCAGCAGCGGGGUCCGGGCGGCGUACGCUUGCAUUCGAUUUUGAUAUCUGCAGCUGGUGCAAUUGGGCUUUUUAUGAGAACCCUCCUUCGGGGGGGGCUUUGGCUUGACAAUGACGAAGCCGCUGCUGCCGGCCGAUCAGCCAUGCACUUUCUUGCCUGUUAUCAAAAGGCUGCUGAAAUAUGCUUUCAGGCCAACACUUGCCGCUUCAACCUUGUGCCGAAAUUGCAUUGCCUUCACCAUGUGGCACUGUCGCUGUGUACCAAAGCUGGGUCUGGUCUUUCGGCAACGUUGAAUCCACUAGCGCAAGCGACGUUUCAAGAUGAGGACUACAUCGGACGCGUUUCACGCUUAUCACGCAGAGUCUCUGCACGGAAGCUCUGCUUACGAACGAUACAGCGGUAUUUGGUCGCGACUCGAGUCGAGCUGGAUGCCGAGUGA